AUGAGGCUUCUGGUAGAAAUCGCACUUUUUUGCAUCCUUAAUGCAGUUUUGAUUCAGCAAGUCUUUUGUGAUGGGGUGUCGACAAAAUCUGAAACUAACAAGUGGACAUGCUCUUGCUCUGUUUCCUAUCAAGCGAACUUGAAAUUCACUCCAGCAAACUGUUCUUCAUCCUGUGAUUGCAGCCCUGCUGUGGGUGGGUCAAGAGGAGACAAAUGGACGUGCUUUUGCUCUAAUGGUGGGUUUCCAAGAUUGGUGGGUGAUGAUGAAGGCAGCAGCUGUUUUACAGCAUGCGAUUGCAAUGCAGGGACUUUAUCUGAAUUAGAGCCUCCAAAGAAGUGGGUUUCAAGCAAAGUUGUCGUAAUUGUUCUUUUACUAUGUCUAGUCCUCAUGGCUCUUGCAUUAGUGGCCUCGGUAUUAUGGUUUGUCCAUUGGAAGGAUAAACAUCGGAUUCAAUGGAGUUCAUCUUCAUCAGAUAAGCUGACAAGUUUCAGUAGUGCUACCAACUUGACGAGCCGAGGGUCGUCUUCUUUGCUUGUGUAUAAAGAGUAUCUAGAUUCCUCUGUCAAGCCUUAUUUAGGAUGUAUUCCUAGGAUUUCUUUCCUACUGAGAACCAGACAAGGAGCAAUACAAGGAACAAUAACACAAUUUUCAUAUUUUGAGCUGGAAAGUGCAACAAACAGAUUUUCUGAUGACAAUUUAGUAGGAGUUGGAGGUAGCAGUCACGUGUAUCGUGGUACUCUCAGAGAUGGUAGAACUGUUGCUAUCAAGCGAAUGAAAACUCAAGCGGGCCCGGAUGCUGAACACGCUUUCUUGUCCGAGAUCGAUCUGAUAUCCAGAAUCCAUCACUGUCAUGUUGUUCCUUUGUAUGGAUACUGCUCUGUAAAUCAAGGGAAGCAUGCUGAGAGGCUGCUGGUGUUUGAGUACAUUCCGAACGGUAAUCUAAGGAAGUGUUUGGAUGGGGAUUUGGGAGAAUGUUUGGAAUGGAGCACUCGAGUUUCGGUAGCUCUGGGGGCUGCACGUGGCUUGGAGUAUCUCCAUGAAGCUGCAGCCCCUCGAAUUUUGCACAGAGAUGUCAAGUCCACUAACAUUCUUUUGGAUGAGAAAUGGAGGGCCAAGAUUACUGACCUCGGCAUGGCUAAACACCUACACAGUGACGAUUUUACCAGUUGUUCAAGUUCACCGGCUAGAAUGCAAGGGACCUUCGGUUACUUUGCGCCUGAAUAUGCAAUUGUUGGUCAAGCUUCUCUAAAGUCCGAUGUUUUCAGUUUUGGGGUUGUCCUUCUUGAGCUCAUCACAGGCCGAAAGCCCAUCUACAAAUCAUCUAAUAAAACUGAAGAGAGCUUGGUGAUUUGGGCAACACCUCGUUUGCAUGACAGCAAACGCGUGAUUAUGGAGUUACCGGACCCACGUCUGAAGGGAGCUUUCCAAGAAGAGGAGAUGCAGGUAAUGGCCUACUUAGCAAAGGAGUGUCUGUUAUUAGAUCCCGAUUCUCGACCAAGCAUGAGUGAGGUUGUCCAGAUUCUUUCAACUAUUGCACCUCACAAAUCUCAAAGGAAAAAUUUGUCGCUAGGCGCAUUUCAGUACUCGUCCACGUGCGCCAUGGAAAGCCGGAAGCCAGAAACAUGCGAAGCAGUGUCAUCCAGAGAGGAAAUCAAGCAAAUUAUGUUUGAAAGCACGAAAAACUCAGAGGAUGAUUACUCCAACGAUGUCGAAAAACUCAUGCUUUUAACAUCGAAAACACGAAGUUGGCGCUUGCGGGAUGACGAAGUGGUUGUGGAUUUAACAGAACCACGCUUCGAAUCCUUCUGUUUACCAAAUGUUGAUCCCACAUGA